UAUAUAAAUAGUAUAAGCUCGAAAAACCUCCAAAAGGUAAUUUAUUUAUUUCGAUCAUAAAGCAUCACAACAUUUGAGUUGAGCUACACGAUUAAAAAUACUCGAACUACAGGUGGUACGUUCAACAAAAUCUGCGUCAACAAGAGUUUAUCAUGGGCAGUUUAAAGUUAGGCGAAUUGGUACAGCUCGCAAUAGAUAUGACGCCGAUGAACAUCAGUGGUAUCAACAUGACUCGAUACAAAGAACUUAUACAGACGUUACCAGAGUCUCAAAUACCGAUAUACACUUUCUAUGAUUUUCUGAAUGCUUACGACACGUUGCUACCGAAAAUGCGACCACAUAUGAGUGACGAAGAAUUCGACUUGAUAAUAAAAAACGAAUCUUUCAUCAAAUCACUAGUAUGGGACAUCUUUAAAAAAAUCACUGACUAAAUCUACUGGAAAGUUGAGAUCUAAAAGCCACGACAACUGUUCCAAGGCAAGCACUACAAAAAAACCGUUCCAAGUAAAUAAUUAAAAUAUACAGAAAUUCGUUAAUACGUAUUAUUAUAUUAACGUUUGGACUUAUUCAUAACUGCUCACGCUUUUUUUGAGGAUAUUUCUAAAUAGUUUCAGUACACUUCGUUGUUCAACUAACAUUUUCCCUGUCAAAGAUCAGACAAGUUGAAUCAUGGUUCAAAAAGUCGAAACGAUUUCGUCAAAAGUGUAUUACUCCGAUGUCGUAAUGACGAGGGAUAGCAAUAUGAGUACAGAAGCCACCGUCACCGCACUUUGACCAAUCGAGUAAGCGGGGAAACUGACGUGACGCUCAGAAUCAUUGAAAAUACACAAGUAAUCGUUCGCCAGCAGACCGUCUCGGGACUAGUCAGAGUCUUUGUUCAACGCUUACAAAUUUCCGAGCUAUUUGCUGGUUAUGAAUCAAACUGACUGCGAAGGUGACAGACAAGUCAGUAUUCCAACGCAGCAUGAAUAUAGUGGCUGCUUGGGUGAAAAUUUUUAUGGAUGUAUUCAACGGAAUCAUUGCCGCGCUGCUUGUAAUUGCUGCGCUUGUUCUCCUCAUUCACAUGUUUUAUAGGAAUAGAGAUACUAAUGUAGAUAAUAUAAUAAAUCUCGCUGUGUCUAAGGCCACUUUCAAUCCUGGAGUAUUCAAAAUCUACGACAACUCAACGGAAAAUAAGUGCAAUCGACUUAUCGAAAUAUCACCCUUCGGCUGGGUCGUGUGGGCGUAUUACGAAGAAUUGUAUAUCUUAAACCCAGAAGGUGGGAUUGUGUGCGCCAUUGGGAGAACUCCCGCUGUGAGAGUAUACGCCGAUCGCUUUAUCGAGACAUGCCUUAAAAUCAGUUACGACUCGAUCAUUCAUGAGUACAAACGCUUACCAGUGAAACACGUACCGUACGAAAUAGACGAUAAUACUUUUACCAUUUUGUCAGCGCUCAAUAUUCUCGUAAAAGACUGGAUCACAUUCGAAAUUCAUGUAAAAAGAACGAAAGUGAGAUUCGUACAUACAGAGGACGUAUACGACGAGCACGCUCUGUGCGAUCCUAGAGCAUCAGACAUUCUCGCUUGUCCCGCAGGCAAACGAAUUCCUCCUGAAGAAUUGAUAAAAAUAACCACAAGCCACAAACGAUCACGACGUGAUUUGGUCGAACUUUUGGAACGACAUCUGCCGCGCUAACUCAUCAUGGCUCCUGCGUCGCUACCUACGAAAACCAUACUCAAAUCGGUUAAUGUACCAAUCAAACGGAACAAACACUCAAUUGACAUCGCUCAAACAGCUAUACCUUUGAGUUCGGGAGCAACGGUAAAUGUGUGUUUUCACAAACACAUGUGCGGUCACAUAAUGAUCGAACUGAACGAUCGCAACGAGCCUACAAAAGCGUGGCGGGACGUUGCCGGUGUAUUCCCGA